AUCCCCAGCCUAAUCCUCCUGGCAUAGUCCCCCUCCUCCCCUCCCUCUUUCUCUCCUGAGGCGCCAUUUUCUGCCUUCUUUCUCCCCCAAAAGGGCGGGAAAGUUCCAAAGGUAAAACUGAAGAGAGAGAAAGGAAGGCGAGCGCCCAUUGGACACAGCUGUCUCCAGCCUCAACCAAUCAGAGCGGCGGGACUAGGGAAUCCCCUACGACUAUAGGAGGAGCCCUUCUCGCAUUAGGGAGAAAGAAGCACAGCUGGGCUUGCAAGAAGACUACAGUUCCCAGAGGGCCGUUCGGCAAGAAUAGAACCAAGAAGGUACUCGGGGCGGCGCGUUGCCCUUCGGGAAGUGUAGUCCGUUGCCUGGCAAAGGUGUGACUAUAUAAGGAGCCUGGCUGGAACUUCCAUCCACAGUCCCAGGUGGCUUGUGCUUGUUCUGUGGCUGCCCCUCCCCAGGACACUUGCGGCGGGCUGCAGAUCAUUUCAUCCAGAUUGAAAGUCAUUCCUUUACAGCGCUCUCUGAAACAGCAGUUGGUUGGAUUUCUUUUAUAUGAUGGCUUGGCCCACUCUGGUAACAAAGAGAAUGCAAAAUCCAUUCCAUUUUGAGAACCCAAAGGGUGAGCUCAUUGGGAAGAAUGUUUGGUUCGAAGCAACAUGCUACCUGUGCCUUGAGCUUUUCGUAGAUCCCGUCUCGCUAGACUGCGGGCAUGACUUCUGUCGAGGCUGCAUUUUGCACUCCUGGAGGGAGUGUAAGAUGGAUACUGUGUGCCCUCGGUGCAAGCAGCCGGUUCUUCGGACAAGCCUCAAGCCACAUAGUCACCUGGCUAAAGCUGUGAGGAUGAUCCAGUGGAUGUGUCACGACAGAACGCAACUAGUCGAAGGGGGGAAACUCUGCGAUGAACACCGGCAGGCCGUGAAAUACUUCUGCAAGGACCAUCUUCUGUCCUUCUGCUAUGAGUGUGAGGAAUCCAAGGAGCACCUGGCUCACAAUGUCCUCCCUGCAUCGAAAGCUGAUGGAGAAUACAAGGAUCAGAUUGUUGAACGUGUUCAGGUUCUGUUGAAACAGCAGAACGACAUUGAUAUAUACAAGUCAGAUAUGGAAGCAGAAUGGCAAGAGAUUUUUAGACAAAUGGAGGUAGAGAAGCAAAGAAUAAUAGAUGGGUUUGAAGAAAUACACCAGCAUAUAACAAAAGAAUGCAACCGAUGGAUUUCUAGAAUAGAAGAUGAUGUGAAAGAGAUGCAGUUGAAGAAGAGUGCACACAUGGCUGAGAUCGCCAAGGAACGUGCCGACCAUAAAGAGUUUAUGUCGAAGUUGCUGAAGAUGCGUCAGCAGAGGACACUUGACUUUUUGAAGACCGUUGAAAGCACCAUGGAAGCGUGUAAGGAGGAAAAACAUGUAAAGCUGAUGCCUCUUCCAACAUCGCCGAAACAGUAUAUCAUAAAGCUGCGAGAUUUUCACUCCCUUAUGAUGAUUUCCAUGAAGGAAUUUGAAGAUUUUCUGGAAUCUGGAAGAUGGAAGGAUAGAGUGAUUUUUGAUCCAGGUGCAGAUUUUCCCACCUAUCUGAAAAAACGAGAUGCCUGUCUGGCUUAUCAAGAAAUGGGAUGUUUCUUUUCCUCAUCUACUGCGAUGCAAGGAAUUUACGACUGAUAAAAUGUUCCAGGGAAAGUGGAAAGGAAUGAGGGUGGGUGGGAGGGUGGGACUAAGAAGCCCCGCCAAGUAUCCCAUGAGGAGAAAGGCAAUGGUCUUCACUGCUUUCAGAAAGGGAUCUGGGCUAUGGGCACAUAGGGAAAACAGAUAUGUAGCUUUCACUUACACUAGACUCUAAAUCUUUUUGGAGGUGGGGGCUCAGGGAAACCUGAUUUAUAUGAGAUAAGUAUUCUUUUAAAGAUGAUAGAACAAACUUGCUAUUCACAUUUUCUGCAGAGAGUCUUCUGGAUUCUGAGAAAAGCCCAGUUUAGUCUCUGAGGCACUAACUAAUCUACUUUACCGGCCUUACUUUAGUUGUGCAUCUCCACACAGUGAUUCUUGGACUUGAUUUCAGGUUUCCUCUACAUCAAGAGCUGAGAGAAGUUACUUUUUGGACUACAGCUUCCACUGUCUCCAGCGCCACAGCCUUACUGGAUGGAGAUUUGGGAAGUUGUGCUCCAAAAACAUAACUUUUUCCCCGAGCUCCAUCUCUUCUUUUUAAUCCCACUAGGUAGUUUUGUUUAUCCAGUGAGGCUUGGGUACCAUCAUAGGCUGGAUUCUUAGAAAACAAGAAUGGUGACGUGGUGUCCAUUGCUAAAUGAGAUACCAAUGUGUAAGAUUUCCAGUCAGAUAAGUAGAUCCUGCUCUGCAGUGUGACAUGGAAUGACAGGUUGUGUCCUGUGUGACUCCUUUUAAUGUGAUAUGUAGUCCCAAGUAGAUUUGAAUGUUCAUUUUUAAAUAACACCUCAGUUCACACUCUUUCUUUCUCCCCAUGUGUAUGGGUAUAGUUUUUCCUAUGUCUUUUGAUGUAUCCAAUAAAGUUGUUUUU